GAGGGGGAUUUCCGUUUAUUAGUCCAGUUUUGUCAGGCGUUCAUUUCCAAAUCCUACUUUUUUUUUCUUUUAAUCAUCAUCUUAAUCAUCACUGUCCUGCUUAAGAAGCGCUUAUGGUCUUCUUGUUACUUGCCUUUGAUUAUUUAUUUAAUCUAUAUUCUGUCACGUGAUUAUGCCGCUGUUUGUAUAUGGCGUUUGUGAUGCAGAAACAAAAGACAUGGGAUGAAACAGAAACGAAACUGGCAGGUGUUUAGGGGCUACAGAGGAGAACCAAUAUCUGUUCCUUCAAGUAUCAAACAACCGUGAAGGAAUUUACACCUCAACAAUGUCACAGAAAUCAAUUUUCACACUUGUUUCCAACACAAGGCAAAGCAAAUGAAUGUCAUUCAAUGUGCUUUCCAGAAAAUAAAGAAGCAGAAACAUAAAAAUGGUAAAACAUUAAGAUAAAACUGUAUAGACGCAGUUAAAAGCACAAAUAAUGAACUGGACAAUGUCUAAUUCAAGUGCAGGUAAUAGUUUUAACAGACACACUUUAAAUCAAAUAACAUUAAUUGAGUCCUGAGGAUUUUUAUGUAAAUUGUCAUGAGCCUUUUUCUUCCCCUAAUAAUUCAGCAGGGGCUCUAAAAUGUCUCGAUCUAUCCGGAGGCUUCUGUUAAAGCCUGUUAAAACAGAAAUCUGGGCUAUAGUCAGAUGUGCAGCUGUAAUUCUUGUUUUUUGUCCAGCUUGUUCUGAUUUGAAUUUUCUGUCCAAUAUGUUUUCCUCUGUUUCUGGAGCAGCGACACACACACACACACACACACACACACACACACACGCGCACACACACACACAAAACAUCUCUGUUAUAUGGAAUAGUUAACUUUAGAAGGGCAGUUCGCAGGGGACUCUGUGUGUCCUGCUUCUGCACAAAAAGGAGGGAGAUAAACCCUCAUGUGUGACUGACAGUGCUGCCAUGACAACCCCGCAUCAGCUCCGGAGCGACCAAUGAGGAGUGAGACUCGGGGCCCCUCCCUGACUCCCAGGUGAACUAAAGAGUCAGACUUCAGCAGAUUUCUAUCAGACUCUUUCCACAGCCACACGUCGUCUCUUCGCGGGCUUCGCUCAGUCGACCUGAUGGUUUUCAGAUCGCCGCUCGACUUUUUCUCAGCCUCCCGUCUCCUGCUGCCGCACUUCGCGGAUGGGCCCCCUGUCGUGUCCCGCUCCCGGUCCCCGGAGGACCCUCCCUCCGCCUGCCCUCCUGUGGCCCUCCCGGGACUGUGCUUCUCUGCGGCGCAGAUCGCCAGUGUGUGCGAGACUCUGGAGGAGACCGGGGACAUCGAGCGGCUGGCCCGCUUCCUGUGGUCUCUCCCGGUGACUUCGGACGGCCGCGACUCCAUCUCUGAGCACGAGUCCGUGCAGCGGGCUCGCGCCGUGGUGGCCUACCACACCGGGAGUUUCCGCGAGCUGUACCACAUCCUGGAGACGCACCGCUUUACGCGCGCCUCGCACGGCAAACUGCAGGCGAUGUGGCUCGAAGCGCACUACCGGGAGGCGGAGAAGCUCCGGGGGCGGCCCCUCGGACCGGUGGACAAGUACCGCGUGAGGAAGAAGUUUCCGCUACCGAGGACCAUUUGGGACGGAGAGCAGAAGACGCACUGUUUCAAGGAGCGCACCCGGGGGCUGCUGAGAGAGUGGUACCUGCAGGACCCGUACCCGAACCCCGGGAAGAAGCGGGAGCUGGCGCACGCCACCGGACUGACCCCGACUCAGGUUGGAAACUGGUUCAAAAACCGAAGACAGAGAGACCGGGCGGCAGCAGCCAAAAACAGGUUGCAGCACCACAUGUGUCAAGACGGAGGACGAGCUCUCAGUGGAGGAGAGUGCAGUCCGGACGGGAGCGCGGAGCGCGCGGAUGGACAAACUCUUCUGUCAGUGACAGACAGUGAUUCCGACUUGGAUGUCUGAGACUUUAAAUCUGUAAAAAUGGACCUGCAUAUAGAGACACGGUGAUGGUCGGCCGUGGAGUAUACCGGACACAGGAGGAGGAGGAAGAGGAGGAUGUAUGCGGACAAAAGGCUGGUCGGGGGUUUGGGUUGCACUAAACUUUAAGGGCAUUGAAGAGAUUCGUCCUAAAUAUUAAUAUAAAGAUUUCUGUCUGUGCUGCUGGUUUCCUGUACUCUGAUGACAACCUGUUGCAGCACAGACCCAGAUUCAUCUUUUAUUUUUGAAACACAUCAUGUUAACAGUGUACAUCUGUUGACCCACAGCAUUAAACAGACCUCAAGCGUAUAUAGACAGACCCAUGUUGGACUGUAACUCAGGGACUCCUACACCGGAGGAGCUUAUCACUCUUAUUUUCCUCUAAACUACAGUAUGUGUGAUAUUUCUUCUUCUUCUUUUGUAAAAGGAACUAGAUGUGUCUUUAGAGCCCCCCCCCCCCCCCGAAGGACCCCUGGAUGUCCCCUGCUUUGGACAAUCAUUCACACUGAAGCCUCCCCGACGUCUGCCUUUUGUGUACGUCCGUUUCUUUAUACCUUCGCUCAUACUUUAUUUAAAGUUCACCGUUCAGUCUGUGUGUGAUGAUAUGAUAUGUUAUACUUUAUGUUCCA